AGCCCAGGCUUUUCCCACCCCACUAGCUUUAAAGCUGCUAUUAACUUUCCCACCGCUCAAAGCUUCUAUUUAGUCGCUAGUCUUCUCAUUAGUUGGUGCUAACGCUACCUAGGAGAGCCAAAAAUGGGUGUUUUAGACUUUGUCUCGGAACUCUGCUCGCUCCCCAAAGACCAGAGAAAGCUCAGGAAAAAGCAGUUUCAGACGGUGGAAAUGAAGGUGAGAAUAGACUGCGAAGGGUGCGAGAGGAAGGUCAAGAACGCCCUGGAAGAAAUAACAGGGGUGAGCAGCGUGCUGAUAGAGCCGAAGCAGAACAAGGUGACGGUGACGGGGUACGUGGACGCGAAGAAGGUGAUAGAGAGGGUGAGGCGGAGGACAGGGAAGAAGGCGGAGCCAUGGCCGUACGUGCCUUACGACGUAGUGCCUCACCCUUACGCCCCCGGGGCUUACGACAGGAAGGCUCCCCCUGGGUACGUGCGCAACGUGCUGGACGACCCCAAGCUCGCCCACCUCGUACGUGCCAGCUCCAUGGAGGAGCGCUACUCCUCGGCCUUCAGCGACGACAACCCCAACUCGUGUGCUAUUAUGUGAUGGCGUGAUUGCCGCGUAGAUAGCUUUUUCCUUUUUACUUUUCUUUUCCUGGAGUGGCCUGCGAUCGAGUUUGGUGGUGUUUCGAUUUUGUGUUUUAAUUUACUGUGCGCUAUUGGUUGACAUCAUGGAAGAGAUUGGAAUUGUCUGAUUUCUCAUCUAGUUUUGCCGAUAAUGCAGUUGUUUUGCUUUG